UGAUGUGCUGCAAGCUCAUGCCCUGCUUUGCAUUGUUGUAACCUCUGUGUCAGUUCCCACCACGAAAGAAGACUUGGAAAACAUACAGGAGAUACUUAAUAUUUAUAAUGUUUAGAAACUGUAGUGCUUCAUGACCUCAUGUGAUGCGUAUCGGAUGUGACAAGCUUCUGACUCUGAUGGAAGUGGCCUGGCAGUUGGAGCCUGGAGUUCUGAAUAGCAAAACAAGAAAACAUGUGGUCUCUGUUGGUGUUUCAGAAACACUAGAAGCUAAUUACCUGCAUAGCCACUAAUAUAUAAUAAUCUGCACAGUGAGAUCAAAUAAGGACCAGAAAUACAGAGAUGCUUGACUGUUGUCUCAUGAUGACCCACCCACCUAUGUGGCUGAGACUGUAUUCCAGUGGCUUGCUCGAACACCUGUCAAAAUGCAUCUCGUGCUUUUUGCACCUCUUUAUUAAGAAGUGCUAAUGCUCUGUUUGCUGCUGAGUGAAGAUGUGGAGCGAGUAUCUGAAAACCCAACAGAGGAGAGAGAAGGAGAGAUGGAAGUUCAUGAAGAUUCCAGCUCUGUUAUUUUACCAGAUGGUGAACUGGGUACCACUACCCCUUCUUUGCGUUUCAGCAAGACCUGCCUAAAGAAUGUUUUUUCAGUAAUUCUCCUGUUUAUUUAUCUGCUGCUCAUGGCUGUAGCUGUGUUCCUUGUCUACCAAACCAUCAGUGACUUCAGAGAGAAGCUCAAGCACCCAGUGAUGUCUGUCACUUACAAGGAAGUGUCCUUGUAUGAUGCACCUGGUAUUGCCUUUUACCCAGGCAAGGCUCGGCUGCUUAGCUGCAAACAUCAUUACUACGAUCACAUUCCACCUCUGAUAAAUCCAGGUCAGCCAGGAGAUAUUGAAUGCACCACUCAGAGGAUCAACUACACAGAUCCUUUUACUAAUCAAACUAUGAAGUAUGCUUUGGUUGUUCAAGGCCCUCGCGAUGUGAAGAAGAGGGAACUGGUGUUUUUGCAGUUCCAUUUAAAUGAAACAGACCAAGAUUUUAGUGCCAUUGACUACCUGCUGUUUUCUUCUUUCCAAGAGUUUGUCAGCAGUCCAGAAAAAGCAAAAUUCAUGAAGGACUGUGAAAGUUCAUACUCCAGCUGGAAGUUUUCUGGAGGCUUCCGGACUUGGGUCAAGAUGUCCUUGGUCAAAACAAAAGAAGAAGAUGGUAGUGAGACUGUUGAAUUCAAACAAGAGACCAGUGUGGUUAACUACAUUGACCAGAGAACUAAACCAAGGAGUGACCAGCUGUUUUUUGUGGUGUUUGAAUGGAAAGAUCCUUUCAUACAGACUGUUCAGGACAUUAUCACAGCAAACCCCUGGAACAUGAUUGCUCUUCUUUGUGGUAUCUUUCUGGCCCUGUUUAAGGCAGCAGACUUUGCUAAGUUAAGUGUUAAGUGGAUGAUCAAAAUCCGAAGAAGGCAUCUGAAGAGGACUCGUCAAGUAACAAACCACAUAAGCUGAGGCUAAGGCUGCCUUCUAACUGUUCAUAGCAGGAGGGAUAGAACAUAACUGGAAUAAACUGCAGUCAGCAAUUAAAGCUGUAAACCAGGUAUGUUUUCUUCCAGAGAGAUGCUGGCUGGAGGAACAGCCUAGCGAACGGCCUUGGAACUGCAGACGGAGCUAACUCUAGGACAGGUCUAACAAACUCAUGCUUUUCUAGUCCCAGUUUAACAAGUUUACCUCAGUGUAUGGGGGAACCACAGGGAAAAAAGGGAACUCACUAAUGUUCAGAAAGUCAUCACUGUAGUAAAUGGUGAAAAAGUGGACAGUGUUUGAAUGUUUCUCUAACAGACCCUUUAGUUUCUGCAUCAGCUGUGAGCUGCACGUAGCACAGUCACUGCCUUGAUGGUGCUUAGUGGAAGGCAAAGUACUCUGAAAACAUCCUGGCCUCUCUUCUCCAAAGUAUGUUUUAAAACAAAAUACACUGGAAUUCUAUUACGUGUCAUUUUUGACUUAAAGUACAACAACUUUAAUAUUAAAAAAUAUUUCAAGUAA